CGCAGGCGAUUUUCAGUCGCAGUUGACAGACCGAAGUGUACGGAUCGGAAAUACUAGCGCUUCUAGUUGUCGUCGUUGUGUAACUUGGUUUUCAGUUUCACCCCACUUGGUCUUCGGUUGGGACGUCGCGCGAGCUUCUCUGUAUUCGGGGCACGGCGUUGGACCGAUGCCAAGUGCUUUCGGUGGCGUGAUUGGUCACCUCCCCGGUGAAAGGUUAUAUAUCCCGUUUCCGAUGCCGGUUGUAUGCAAUGAGUGUCACACUCUCAGUCAGAGUUCCAGUAUUUGAUGGAGGAAAACAAAUAGUUGUGACUAUUGUGAUUAUCUAAUGAGAAGUGUUGGUGUUCCUUUUUUUUGCAUAGAAGAUCUGUUACCUUGUUUUCGGAAGAUCGCCAGGAAAGACUCAGCGAAAGGGUCUGUGAAAUUGUGAACCGAUUAGCGAUCAGCUGGACAUAAUGGUCGGGAUAAUAGAGGUGUUGUUGUUUCUCGCAAUUGUGGGAUAUUUCUUCAAUAAAAGCAGAGGAACCGAAAUGGUGGACAUAAUAUCGAACCGCGUCCAGGAGGCGUACGGUUCGUUCCGACUGCCGGGGAUGUUCAGUCUCGGCACCACGCAGACCGUGGACGGUAGCUGGUUCUCCACGUACACCAUGCUGAAACGUUUCGGUGAGCAGAAGAAGCGUCAACGGCUGGUGGACAAGGACAAUGAUCGCAAGAUGCGGGAGAAUAGUUUGUAUCAGUUGAAAGAAGUACCCACGCAACGGAUUCAGCUGGAUGCAGCUCCGCUGCCAGGACCCGCGUGUCGUUUCUGCUCGCCGAAAGAAAGUCAGCAGCAGCUGGAUCAGGAAGAUCGUCGGCGCAGCGCAGUGGAUAUUUUGCGCGUUACGUCGCAUGCAGGGUUGCGAACCAACAGCAGUUCGCUGGACUGGGGCGUCUGGUGUCCCCAUCUAGCACAGACGGCCCGUGUUACAAAGUUCGACUAUCCACAGGUGGCCGGUGCCGUGAUGAGCGACGAGCGUGUCCAGCAUGCGUUGGAGACUGCCGCUAAAGAGUCGGUGGAUGAGAAACGUCAAGAGCUGGGCACCAGUGAGAGUGAUGAUACCUUCGACGAGGAUAGAUUCUACAAUGAGACGAUGCGGAAAAAUCAGAAGCGAGCGCAGAAAAUUCUGAUCGGAAUGCGCUCGAAACUGUCCGAUUUUGUCCUUCGCAUCACCUCGUGGGUGCUGUAUAAACUGCUGCCUUGCUUCAUCUCCGGAGUAGCGGCCCACCCUGGCCAGGUGGAAAUGAUAAAACGUGCAAUCGAGAAGAACCCGGACGCGCCGCUGAUUUUCCUUCCGCUACAUCGAUCUCAUCUAGACUAUAUUAUGGUCAGCUUCAUACUGCUAAAUAACGAUAUCAAGUGCCCGCUGGUUGCCGGUGGAAAUAACAUGAAUAUUCCACUCUUCGGGAGCAUCCUACGCUACGAUGGGGCGUUCUUCAUCAAAAGAAAAAUUGAUCCACUGACGGGGAAGAAAGAUCACGUUUAUCGCGCUAUCCUGCAUACCUAUCUGCAGAAAUGUUUGACCGCCGGGCACAAUGUGGAAUUCUUCAUCGAAGGAGGACGGACGAGAACGGGAAAGCCCUGCAUGCCAAAGAGCGGAAUCCUAUCGGUCAUCGUGGACGCCUUCAACGACAAGAGCAUCUCGGACGCCCUGUUGGUCCCCGUUUCGAUCAACUACGAGAAGCUUGUGGAUGGAAAUUUCGUUCGGGAACAGCUGGGACAGAAGAAGGUACCGGAGAGCUUCUCUUCCGCCGUCUCCGCGAUUGUGAACGUCCUCAAGGCACGAUACGGCCUCAUGCGAAUCGACUUCAACGAGCCAUUUUCGCUAAGUGAGCUGGUAAAGUCGCUGAGAAGCACCACGGAGCUGCAAUACAGUUUCAAUCCUGAAAUGAGGAGUCUACAGCACAAACCAUCGUCGUCGUCCCUCUUCGGUACCGACGUUGUCCAGGAGGAUCAAGAACUGCGGACACUGGUUGAAAAAAUCGCACGGCAUGUCGUGUACGACUGUGCCAAGGCAACAUCCGUCAUGACCACCAAUGCGCUUGCUUUCCUAUUGCUCAAUCGUUUCCGAGAUGGUGCGCCACUGUCCAUUCUCACCGAAGCGCUGGACGAACUGCGAGACAUUCUCAGUUCGAGUUCUCGUGACCUUGGCUUCACGGGAACCUCCGAAGACGUUAUCAGGUACGCAGUCGAUAUACUCGGGCCUGGUUUAGUUACAAUUGAGAAACGAGGCGUACAGCAGUUCGUCAAACCGAUCACGAUCGUUCCGAACGUGAUUGAACUCUCGUACUACUCAAAUAGCUUGGCGCCACAUUUCGCACUGGAUUCAGUGCUGAUUACAUGUGCGGUUUUGAUGAAACGGGAAGCGGAACAGAAAUUACUCGAACAGAAACUGCCCACCGAGGAAGUUAGCGUUGGCCGACAGCACUUGUUCGACACGAGCAUGGAUCUCUGCGAUCUGCUGAUGUAUGAGUUCAUCCUAUCCAAACCCUGCCAGAAAUUAGAAACGCUACUGCAGGACAGUUUCGAUCAGCUGUGUAUGCGGGACCUUUUAGCCCAACAGGAGAUCGAAUACACCGAAGAGGAACACAUUGCUCGUCGUCUGGCGGCCCGACUGGAAUUGGAGGACCUGGAUGAUGGCGUCAGCGAAGACGACUACUUCAGCGAUAGCGCGUCCAACAACGGUCACCAACAGCAACGGGUGGUAGACGAUAUUCCAGUGUACCUGCCCGCCGAGAAGCACUGCGAUCGGAUAGUGCUGCAAUCGGUGCUGGCUCCAUUCACCAGCUCCUACGCGGCUGUUGUGUUUUGCCUCAACAAAUUGGUGGGAGGAAACUCGAUGGUCGAAGCGGAAUUCAUCAAGCUGUGCAUCAAGGAGAUUACGACCCGGGUGGAGCUCGGCGAAUGCAAAUACGGAGAGAGCAUAUCGAUCGAUUCGGUCCGGAAUUGCCUGAAAGUGCUGGAGAAGCGGUCCAAUAUUGAGAUUACGAACAACAGCGGUGUCCGAAUCGUUUCCCUGGCAGCGGAAUUUGACUCCACGGCGGAAGUACUGAGCAUAAUACAAUCAGUGGAAAAGUUUGUACCGAUUUAGUUUCGCCCACCACUGUUCGAUUAUUGAGUUUAAUUCCAAGAAAACGAAAGACUGUUUUGUGUGAGAAAAACGCGAACGUUUUUCGAUCGAGGAGAAUAAACACGUAAAAAUGCAGUUACUUUGUGUUUGGGGUGUGGCUUGUGAGACGUAGGCAUUUGUUUUCCUUAGUCUAAGUAUGUGAUUGAAGGCUGGAACACACACACACAUACACGCACACGGGAUCGAUUUAAAGUACCGGCCCAGUGGGCGCUAAAAUGUGCAAACUAUGCGCGUUAUUAACUAUUAAUAUAGAUAUUACGUCGUUGUAAACGAACCACGACCUAGAUUGUACUGUUUUGUUUGAUGGAGAGGAAAAUAUUUACAAAAAAAAAACAAGUUCCUCAUUUUUUAGGAGCAAACACAGCACCGAUGAGUUAGAAGAGAAACUUUUUUUUCUAAUGUUAGAAGACGCACAGUAGAGUUUAACUGAAAAAUAUAUAUUAGAAUAAAAAAUA